AUUGGUUUGUUGUCAUGAGAACCGCGCCCCCUGUACGUGGUGUCCUUCGCCUUGAGACGGUCGUGGCAGCAGCACUUUAACAAGGUAAGAACACUGUGAGACAACCAGCAAGAUGGAAACCAAGGUGACAUCAGAGCCGAAAUCCAACGGUGUGCCAAACGGAGGGGCAAGGAUUGUUGUGGAUGAUGAUGAUGAAGUUCUUAGGCCAACCGACCUCUCCGAGAUGUUGGCGGAGGGGACCAAGGAGUCCCACGACAGAGCGGAGAACUGCCAGUUUGUUAAAGAUUUCCUCAGAGGUCGCAUCAAAAGGGAGCUGUUUAAGAGAGGUACAGCAGCUCUGUACUUCGUCUACUCGGCCAUGGAGGAGGAGAUAGAGAAGAACAAAGAUCAUCCUCACAUCGCGCCAAUCUAUUUCCCCACAGAGCUUCACAGGCGUGAGGCCCUGGCCAGGGAUCUCGAGCAUUUCUAUGGAGAGGACUGGGAGAGCCAGGUCAGCCUCUCUGCAGGCACCAAGCCCUACGUGGACCGCAUCCACGAGGUGGGAGGGAAGGACCCAGUGCUGCUGGUGGCCCACUCCUACACCCGCUACAUGGGGGACCUCUCAGGCGGACAGAUCCUGAAGAAAGUGGCCCAGAGGGCACUGAAGCUCCCCUCAACGGGCGAGGGUCUCAACUUCUACCAGUUUGAGGGUAUCCACAGUCACAAGGGCUUCAAGCAGCUUUACCGAAGCAGAAUGAACGAGCUGGAACUGGACGCUGACACCAAGGAGAGGAUUGUGGAUGAGUCCAACCGGGCCUUUGGCUUUAACAUGAUGGUAUUCACAGAGCUGGAAGAGAUUGGGGAGACCAUCAAAGAGGAAGUCCAAGAUGCAGGUCUUGGACACAGUCAUGCAGAGAUCAUGCAGGGAGGUGAUAUCAACAAGUGCCCCUACUAUGCUGCAAAAAUGGCUGCCAGUGGAAAUCCCACCUAUGUGUGCCAGUUAGCCAUGAUGCUUCUCAGACAUCCGCCCUGUCAGGUGGCCCUUGCUGCCUGCGUGGCCGUCCUCGCUGGGUUCACUGCCUGGUACCUUGUGUGAGCUCUGACACACUCGCUCUGCCAAGAAUCACAUCUGAGGAGGAAACUGUUGCAUCCAUCCAAACUUUAUCCCUUUUAUUAUGACUUGCACUGUCUGCAAGUAGCACACAAUAAACCAGGAAUUAAACAUUUUUUAAAUAAUGUUUUGAGCCAAAUAUUCAACGCAGUUGUUCAUUGACAUUUUUCGUUGGGUUUUUAUUUCUUCUUAUUUUCCCUGAAUGAUAGCACUCGUUUCUGCUGAACCAACUUGUGAUGCAACUGUAGUGUGACCAUGAAAAGAGACUUUAUGAUGCAUGUGGUUUGUAAUGCUGUAUUCAGCGGUAAAAUGCAUACAGAGGUAGUGGCAUUUUACCAUAUAGAAAUAUUAAAUGAAUACUCUUU